CCUGUAAUAAUUGCUGAUUGUCAGAGCGCGCACACGCCGCUAGUUUGUUUGCGAGCGCGACGCGUGAUGUACUUAGUCUUAUUAACAAAAAACACAAUAAUCUACAGUGAGGUUUAGUGAUUGUGAUACUCUCCCAUUGUAUUCUCGUUGAUAACGUGAUAAAAUCCAAGAUAACAGAGUAACGAUACACUCCGCACGUAAUAACGGAUAUUAACGACAUUUGUUUUUCGUGUUUGCGACGUAUUGCGAUUGUUUCAAUAGUUUUCAGCCAGUUGAAUCAAUAAAAUGGCUCAGAUAAUUUGGUUUAUCUAUGUGUUACAAGCUGUGCUCAUUCUUCCAUCAUCAGUUUUUGCAGCUGAAAUUCCAUCCACGCUUGCUGCAUCGAUCACAACAAUUUCCACUGAUAAGAAAAUUGACGGUUUACUCGAUACAACCACAUUGAGCAAUCCAGAAAUUGAAAACACGCAACAAACGGAAAAUAAGUCACAAAAUGACACAAACGCUGAUAAAGUGGUGAAACCAGUUGGUGACAAUGCAACUUAUGAUGAUGAUACACCCAGUAUAAACACUAUUAAUAAAUUAAAUGCGACUUUAUUGCAAAACAAUCAAGCAAUCAACGAAAAUGUUGCAAAUCAGAAUGAAACUGCUUCUGAACAAGACGAUUUGAAUCAAAAGGAACCUCAAGAAGAUUUGGAUCUGGCUCGAGCUGUUUUUAAAAAUGAAACGUUUGGACUUCCGGAGAAUUCGGAUAUAACUUCGGUAGUGAAUGAAGAUGAUGUAAGCGAAAUACAGACAGGAAACAAUGAAGAUGAACGUGAAGCCAAUUCUAGUUCAUUAAUAGGAAAGGAUUAUAUUAUAGAUGAUGGACCGUUGGUAAUACAAAAUGGCGGCAUCACCAGUCAGAUUCCUGUGAUUGUUGCGAGUAUUUUUGUUAUUUUGUGCGUUGUGGGAUAUACGGCAAUGCUAAUGUGGAGGAGAUAUUUAGAACGGAAAUAUGGCAACAGGGAAAUGUUGAUCAAUGAAGAGUUUGAUCCAAGUGAUAUGCGGCAUUUUUCUAUAUAAAUUCAUCAGACAAUGACGAUCAGAACUAGUCAUUACUGGUCAAACUCUCAAGACACGUUCCUCUACGUAUCAUUACGAAUCAUUACGUAAAUUGGAGAUGGGAAUACUAAGAAUACUGUGAUAUACAAGAAUUAAUAAACGCAAAAGUUUAAAAUAUAA